AUGAAAAUAAUGGACAAGAAGCGAUUCAUAAUAAUAGAUGACGGCAAUGAAAUUUUCACAAAGGGGGUGCCUUGGAACGGCAGGACGGCGAACUCCAAUAGUACGGCUGGGUACGCGGGCUCUAUCAUCACCUACGGGGGAGCACAAGCUCCCGAUACUGGAAAACACAACCCAUUGCAAGGGACCAUUGGAUACAGAGUCAACACCCCUAGCGGCUAUGGGUGCGCCGGCGGUUCGGGCGCGAUGAGCGGCGGGGGCGAGAACGCGCAGUUCGGCGCCACCGCCGCAAUGGUCGCCGCGGCCACCACGGCCGCGAUGCAGGACUCGCAGCCUUUUUCGCAGAUGCAAAAUAACAUGACUAUGGGAAAUCCCCAAUAUGGUGCGAUGAACGGCUAUGGUCAACAGCGCAGCCAUAACCCAGCAAUGACUGGGAUGGGGAUGGGUGGCAACAGCGGGAUGAAUGGAAUGACUGGCAUGGGGCAAAUGGGUAACGCCGGUAUGAACGGUAUGAACCCUAUGGCUCAGAUGGCUAACAUGGGUAUGCAUGCAAACAUGAUGCCAUCACAAAUGGGGCCUGGACAAAUGAGCAGCUCGGCAAAAAUGGGGCCAGGAUACCAGAGGCGGCAUACGCCAUAUCCGUCCGGAACUAUGUUGAUGGGCCAGCGGAAGACGCAGUACAUGAGUGGGCAGCCCAAUUUUGGACCGACUCAGUACCCAGCAGGGUAUGGCGGUAGGCCGGGCUUCCAGGGGCAGUACCCUCCACAGCAACCGUUGGGACCUAGUGGAAAUUUCGGUGCAGCGAUGAGAGGAACGAUGAGGCAAUCUACGCCACCUUACUCCAAUCAGGGGCAAUAUUUUAAUGGUAAUGUGCCAAACCAGUUCCCUCAGCACCAGAACAGUAACGCACAGUAUGGUGGACAGUACGGAGGUCAAUUCGCGCAGGAAGUUGCAAUGCGCACUAACAUGAGCUACCAGCACAGUCCAGUUCCUGGAAAUCCGACGCCACCCCUUACGCCGGCCAGCAGCAUGCCUCCGUAUAUCAGUCCUAAUGGUGAUGUGAAACCACAUUUCAACGAGCUGAAACCUUCUAUGGGCAUGCAAAAUGACGAGCUCCGGUUAACAUUCCCCGUAAGAGAUGGUAUUAUACUACCACCAUUUAGAUUAGAACAUAAUUUAGCUGUUAGCAAUCAUGUAUUUCAAUUAAAACCUACGGUCCAUUCGACGUUAAUAUGGAGAUCAGACCUCGAGUUGCAAUUGAAAUGCUUCCACCACGAAGAUAGACAGAUGAACACAAACUGGCCAGCAAGUGUUCAAGUGUCGGUUAACGCGACUCCAUUAGUAAUAGAUAGAGGAGAGAACAAAACAUCACACAAACCAUUGUACCUGAAAGAAGUGUGCCAGCCAGGCAGAAACACGAUUCAGAUUACUGUCUCAGCCUGUUGCUGUUCACAUCUGUUUGUAUUACAAUUAGUUCAUCGGCCGAGCGUACGAAGUGUGCUGCAAGGCCUAUUAAGAAAACGCCUAUUAACAGCAGACCACUGUAUCGCGAAGAUCAAAAUGAACUUCAACCAGACGCCAACGAACGGUAGCAAUGGAUCUAACACUGCUAAUGACAGGGACAGCGUUGAACAAAUAGCUUUAAAAGUAUCGUUAAAAUGUCCAAUAACGUGUAAGAAGAUCACCUUACCAGCACGUGGACAUGAAUGCAAACACAUACAAUGUUUCGAUCUGGAGUCGUAUUUACAACUUAACUGUGAACGAGGGUCAUGGCGAUGUCCAGUCUGCAAUAAACCAGCACAAUUAGAAGGACUGGAAGUCGACCAAUACAUGUGGGGCAUCCUUAACACGUUAAACAGUUCUGAUGUAGAUGAAGUGACAAUUGACAGUGGCGCUAACUGGAAGGCCACUAAAACAACUAACAAUACUGGGAUUAAGCAAGAAGAAGAUAGCAGUGACGGUAGCUUAGGAAAGCGUAGUAAAGCAGUAUCACCGGGUUCUAUGAACAUGCCUACGAUGAAUAACUGGGACAUGAACCAGGCAUUAUCGCCAUACCUUCCUCCAGACAUGAACACAAUAGCCAGUGGCUCAAUGAUCUCUUCCUAUAACCAAAACGGACAGAAUAGAAAUUCAAGUUCGAACAAUCAGAAUUAUGAUUUCGGUAUGAACAAUGGGCCUGGCAGUAACGAGUUCGCAGGAAACGGACCUCUUUCUCAUCUAAAUGAGAGUGUUAACUCAUUAGAUCCUCUGAAUGCGAUGGAAAAGAGUCUUAACGAUCAGAUGCCGCAUACACCACACACGCCGCACACGCCGGGGUCAGCGCACACGCCGGGCGGUGGCGGCGCACACACGCCGGGUUCCUCGCACACGCCGGGGCCGCCUUCCGUGGACCACCACUCCCUCACCGAUGUCGACAUUCCCGCCGACCUCAAUUUCGAUCCCGCCGCCGUCAUAGAUGGAGAAGGGACAGAUAAUCUCAAUUUAUUGCCGGAGACAAGUGUGGACCCGAUGGAACUAUUGUCGUAUUUAGACGCACCUGCACUAGGUGAACUUCUAGCGACACCGCCGUCAUCAUCAUCGUCGGCGGGCAGCCAUCCACCGCGUGCGCCUUCCUCCGACGACCUCCUGGCGUUGUUUGAAUGAACAGAUAGAGACCUGCAGUAUACGUAGACGGAGUGACAUACAGGAUUGUCAAUUAAAUUCAACACUUCCAAGGAAACAGAAGAUCUCGAUAAGUACUUAACAGAAAAUAUUCUACCUGUUUAGUGAAAUUCCCACAGAAAACCUGCUGAAGUCAUUAACCGUCUACGUAAUACUUGGUACACAGAGAUUUGUUCGCCUGAAAGUAUAACUAGGCGUUUGUUCAACUCGCAAUCAAGCAAGCCAGAAGCCCGAUAUUGUGAUAUUAGAUUUUAGUUCCUUCUCCAAGUGUCACUGGGUUCAAUACAGCAGAGCGUCCGAACAGUAGAUGUCUUCAGAAUCUCUGUCACCUUGUAAAGGUGUUAUCGUCUAGUAGAAGUUCCGAUCGUACUGUUGUUUUGAACGCAGUGGCAUACAGAGGCAUCGAUUGUUCAAACAAUGAUGUUGGAGAACAUUUAUUAGGUAUAUAAGUAAAGUAUUGGAGGCAACGGCCAUAGACACUGCGGUGUUGUGCAUGUAUAGUUCCUCGCACCGCCGCACACACGGUGGCGCUACUGAGCUCCUUUAACAUUCUAAACUCUAGCAUAAACUGUAACACAAAUUUUCAUAAAUAAUUCAACUUCUUAUUCGAUAUUACUGUAAUCGAUUAGAGUUUUUGAUUUGUGUCCAUAAUUUGUGAUUAGUUCACCGGGUGUAAAUAAUAAAGAGGAGUUAUUUUAUUUGUGCUAGUUGUGUUGUGUACUGUGGGCGGAGCCGGGCGCCUCUUUGUACGUAUAGUUUAGCACGAGCGCGGCUGGCCCGCCCGGAGGCAUUGUGAAUCUUAUAGUUCCUAUUGGAUGCGAGCGAACUAUAAUGUUCAAUUGCCAUUUACUGUAAACAUAUUCCUUCAAGUUUUCGCAUAUUCUGCAUUUUUAACGGUAAGAUAUGAUAGGAUUCGUGAGUAUAACGCUACUCGCUUUUGGGUGAUAUAUUCUAAAUGAGUUGUUUGAAUAAACAAAUAAAUGGUAACAAAUUAGUUACAAAGUAUAUUGUAAAUGUGAGUGCAAAAAUGAACUCUGUUAAAUUAUUUUGCGUUAUGUGAAUCGAAGAAUGAUAGAAAUAUAUUUUAAUUUCUAUAUAAAUAGUAAUGAACUGUAUUAUUUGUAAAUAUGAAUCUAGAUAAGAAUAUUAUAUUACCUAGUUGUAUACAGGAGAAGAACAUGGCAGAUACUUAUAUGACGGCCAGUUUAGUAUAGUAUUACUAAAUUAAAGAAAAAUCUACACAUGGUUUUACAUGUACAUACAAAAUUACCAUACCUAUUAAACAAGCCUACACGUUUAGAGCUCAGUACAGGAAGCUUACAAAUUUUAAUUUUGUAAUAGUCAAAUAUUGAAAACCACUUAAAGUAGAAGAACAUUUUAGAUUUAUUUAUUUUUAAUGAGUUCAUCUAUAUAUUUGAAUUAAAUCAAACUAGUCCCUUGAUAUUUCAUUGAUUUUUAAGCAAAAAGUUCCUAUUUAUAUAGAAACUAAGCUUCUUAAUUCCUAUUAUUUAAUUCUUUUGUAGGUAAAUUAAUAAACAGUACACGUAGAAAUUUGAAGACGUAAUUUUAACUUGAAUUUCUUUCUUGUUCCAUAAGUCGAGCCUACUGUAUCUGUGCUCUAAAACGUUUCUCUAUUUACAAGUGCAAACCGCAACUGUAAACAAACAUACAUAAAAGAAUACAUAUUAUAUAUACAUAUGUUACAUCUGUGCUCAUCUUAAUUUUGUUUCGUUUUGCCCACCUCAGAAUCACGUAAAGCAAUAAUAAUGAAGUGCUGAUAAAUAAAUUUUAUUUAAAUAAAUAGAGUUUUAAUAUGUAUAUGUAUACAUUGUUUUAAAUAUUUAUACAUUUAAUACAUAAGAAUUGAAAUUGCGAUGAGCAUCGAAUUGACAAAAUCUUAUUUCACGUAUUUUCAAAUGUUUGGUUCCAAUUUUAAAAUUUUCGAGUAAUGUUGCGCAAGCAAAAUCAAUUACAUUAUUUUGUUUUUUUAUUAACUUAUUUAAUGUUUAUUGUCUGUAUGAUUAGAGUAACGCGCAGCGCAAAUUGUCAACAUUUUAUUUUUUUCUAGAUGGAAUUAAGUUCCCGUAAAAUAUAAAAGCCACAAAGUAAUUUAGAUCUUGUAAAAUUUUCAAACAUAAUUUACGGUUAAUAAAAAUUAAUAACAGUUUAUUAAAAAUAUCUCUAAAAUAGAGUUGUAUGUAAAACUGUCGAUUCUUUCACUAUCUUAUGUAAAUUGAUGAUUUGCGCAUCUUUACUUCAUGCUAUGAAUAUGGACGCCUCUUUAGAGUUAGUCAAACUAUUACGGAAAACAAUAAAAUUAGUAUUAUACAAAGCCGUGGUCAAUUAUUCAAACAAAUUAUAAAUAAUUUACGAAUCGUUGUCAAAUAUUUUGUUGUCGUCCGUUCGUGGUUGAUUGAUUGUGUGUCUAGUUGAUCACAGCUUUAGCAUAAAUUACAUAAUUUUAAGGGACCUUCAAUUCCAGUUAGCUAGAUCUAUUUAUUGUAGUGGAAAUUGCUUUUGGAUGGAUCAUCGCAACGAUUUUUGUAAGACCAAAUAGUAAUUUUUUACAUGUUUACCUAAUUUAGGUAAUUUAAAAAUUAAUGAAAUUUGUUUAUAUAAAAUUGAAAAUAUUACAAAAAAUUUAUAGCAUAUCACGUAAAGAAAAUAUCAAAAAUCGAAUCGCAUGAUCCAUCCAAGUGAGUAAAUGAUUACAAUAUUAUUAUAUAUUUUGUUGAAUAUUAUAAUGAACUGCUGUGAAGUAGAUUUUGUGCUCGUACAAAUUUAAGCAGCAUUUGGAAAUAAGUGAAAAAGAAUUCUAAAUAAGGUAACAUGCGACCCAUGACUCUGAAGUUAAAAAGCCAAACUGUACUGUAGCGUAUUGAACAUUAUGUGAAAAGUUUAGCAACCAGGUUGGUACUCAAUGAAUUCA